GGAGCGUUGAGUUCCUCAGUGAAAAUAGUCCGGCCGCAUAAAGGCGGCUGGCGUCGCCAUCAGCGAUCUUUCCAGUCGCAUGCCGAAGUUGGGAACGGACCAUGUCUUGCGAUUCUGCUGAUUUCAACAGUUCAAGAGAUAGAGACCAUGGAAGGCCAGAUGGAAUGGAGCCUGAUGGGGUCAUCGAGAGCAACUGGAGCGAGAUUACGGACAACUUUGAUGACAUGAACCUGAAGGAGACUCUUCUCAGGGGAAUAUAUGCGUAUGGUUUUGAAAAGCCGUCGGCUAUUCAACAGAGGGCAAUCAUUCCUUGCAUCAAAGGCUAUGAUGUUAUUGCCCAGGCUCAAUCGGGCACUGGUAAGACGGCCACGUUUGCCAUCUCAAUCUUGCAGCAGCUGGAGAUUGAUCAGAAGGACACUCAAGCUCUGGUUUUGGCUCCCACGAGAGAGCUGGCUCAGCAGAUUCAGAAGGUAAUUCUGGCUCUGGGUGACUACAUGGGAGCAACAUGUCACGCUUGUAUCGGAGGAACUAAUCUCCGACAUGAAAUCUCAAAGCUCCAGAGUGAGUCCCCUCACAUCGUGGUGGGGACGCCUGGACGCGUGUUCGACAUGCUCAACAGGAGACAUCUCUAUGCGAAAUGGAUCAAAAUGUUCGUUCUGGACGAAGCCGAUGAGAUGCUGAGUCGAGGGUUCAAGGAUCAGAUCUAUGACAUCUUCCAGAAGCUGAACACCAACAUUCAGGUGGUCCUGCUCUCCGCCACCAUGCCAGCAGACGUGCUGGAGGUGACCAAGAAGUUCAUGCGGGAGCCCAUUCGCAUCCUAGUGAAGAAGGAGGAGCUCACCCUGGAGGGCAUCAAGCAGUUCUACAUCAACGUGGAGCGAGAGGAGUGGAAGCUGGACACGCUGUGUGAUCUGUAUGAAACCCUGACCAUCACCCAGGCGGUCAUCUUCCUUAACACCAGGAGAAAAGUGGACUGGCUGACUGAGAAAAUGCAUGCGAGGGACUUCACCGUCUCCGCUCUGCACGGCGACAUGGACCAGAAGGAGCGAGACGUGAUCAUGAGGGAGUUCCGGUCCGGCUCAAGCCGAGUCUUGAUCACUACUGACCUUCUGGCUCGAGGGAUCGACGUGCAGCAGGUCUCCCUGGUCAUUAACUACGACCUGCCCACAAACCGAGAGAACUACAUUCACAGAAUUGGUCGCGGAGGCCGUUUCGGCAGAAAAGGAGUUGCUAUCAACUUUGUCACUGAGGAGGACAAGAGGAUUCUUCGAGACAUCGAGACGUUUUACAAUACGACCGUGGAGGAGAUGCCUAUGAAUGUGGCCGACCUGAUUUGAGCCCCGAGAUUCUCUUUUUGUUUUUUUAAACGCAGUGAUAGCGAUCGUCCACUUGCAUUGUGCUUAUAUUAUUCGAGGGGGAUUAAAAAAAAAAACUUCUCAAUGCUAAACUUUGGAUAAGAAUUUCGGUGUGUGUUACAGCGAGGCGACUUCUCGAUGGUGGUCCCUCUCGGACAGGUGUAGAUUCUAACCUGGACAGCUGGCCGGCUGGCGCUGCGAAGCCAUGGGGUCUGUCAGCACUAAGGUCCUUACGGGGAAUCUUUUUCCAUGUUCAAUUAAGAUGUGUGUGUUUGAUGUUCUCCACCAUUUAGUAACUUACUUGUGGACUAAAAGGUAUAAGUGCUGUAUAAAGUCUGCAAACUAUGUUAUGCUAACAUAUGUGCGGUGUAUUGUGGGCCUGCUUAGUAGAGGCACCCGUCAUAUUAUACUGUAGUUUCACUUGCUUUUUUUGGUUAUAUUUUGUGAAUGUGUUUAAAUGUACCAUAUUUUUUAUCCCACUUGCUAUAUAUGAGAGUUACUCACUGGUUGGCUGUAUUCUGCUGACGUGAUUUUACCUUCCCAGAGUAUAUUGCUAUUCCCUUGACUACUUUUCAGAUUUCCUUUUCCUUUGAAUUGUAUGUCUUAAUAAACUGAUAUUGCUGUAAGUAAA